ACGUUCAAUCCAUCAGCUUGCGUCUUUUACUUUUGCCUUGUUAACCUCCCAAACAUGGUUGAAACUGAAACCAAAACACAACCUCAUGUGGUUUGUGUUCCAUACCCAUCACAAGGCCAUAUUAGCCCUAUGAUGCAAUUAGCCAAGCUCCUAAACUCAAGAGGCUUCCACAUAACCUUUGUCAACACUGAGUUUAAUCACAAGCGCUUAAUCAGGUCCAGAGGGCACACAUCAUCCCUUUGCCGCCUGCCGGAUUUUCGGUUCGAAACCAUACCAGAUGGACUGCCACCAUGUGACAAAGAUGCAACCCAAGAUGUUCCAGCACUGAGUGAUUCCACCAGAACAAACUGUCUUGGUCCAUUCAAAGAGCUACUAAUCAAGCUUAACCAGUUGUCCGAACUGCCCCCGGUUAGUUUCGUAAUCUCAGAUGGGGUUAUGGGUUUUGGGAGGGAAGCUGCUGUGGAAUUGGGUAUUCCAGAGGUUCAGUUUUGGACUGCCUCUGCUUCUGGCUUCAUGGGUUACUUGCAGUAUGGUGAACUCCUGAAAAGAGGAAUGGCUCCAUUCAAAGAUAAAGAAUAUAACAGCGAUGAUCCGGUACUCAACACACCAAUUGAUUUCCCAGGCGUGAAAAAUGCUACUCUCAAAGACAUCCCUUACCAUCCGAAUGAAAUAAUGUUCGAUUUCAUGGGAUCAGAAGCACAGAACUGCUUGAAAUCUUCUGCAAUUAUCUUCAACACCUUCGACGAAUUUGAACAUGAAGUGCUAGACGCAAUCUCAUCUACUUUCCCCAACAUUUACACAGUAGGUCCACUUUCUUUGCUAUGCAGACAUAUACCAACUGAAACCCCAAUCAAGUCACUCAACCCGAGCUUAUGGAAAGAAGACCCAAAAUUACUUGAAUGGCUUGAUAGAUGGGAACCAAACUCAGUUGUGUAUGUGAACUAUGGCAGUGUGACUGUGAUGACAGACCAGCAUUUACAAGAAUUUGCUUGGGGCUUAGCAAAUAGCAAGCACCCAUUUUUGUGGGUAGUAAGGCCUGAUGUGGUAAAGAGUGAAUCUGUAAUUUUACCAGAUGAAUUUCUAGAGGAGGUCAAGGAUAGGGGAUAUAUAGCAAGUUGGGUACCACAAGAACAAGUGUUGGGGCAUAAAUCAGUUGGGGUUUUUCUGACUCAUUGUGGUUGGAAUUCUAUGUUGGAAAGUGUAGGUGAGGGUGUGCCUGUGAUUUGCUGGCCUUUCUUUGCUGAUCAACAAACCAAUUGUGGAUUUGCUUGUGGACGUUGGGGCAUUGGAUUGGAGGUCAAGCAUGAUGUGAAGAGAUGUAAAAUUGAAGGAGUUGUUAAGGAAAUGAUGGAAGGGGAGAAGGGGAAGGAGUUGAAGCAAAAUGCAUUGAAAUGGAGGAAGAAGGCAAUUGAAGCUACUGAUAUUGGUGGAGCGUCUUAUGGUAAUUUUGAUAGAAUGAUGGAGCAUCUUAUUAAAAAGGUGGAGAUUGGUUGAAAGAGUGACAUACCUUAAGAAAGACCCCAUUGCUCUGAGAAGCCAAUGAGGCGGUAAUUCACACCAACCCUCGCCCUUUUAGCCCCCAACACGUUCGGAUUACAAGCUCCCGUGAGUCGUGACAGAGCUCGGCAAACUAAACUCCAAAGUCUUGUAUUACUAGUCUUCUUCAUAGUAACUUUGCGUGUGAUAGCUUUUUUUUUUCUUU